CAAUGCAUCGCCGCAUGUUUUAGCCAGUGGCGUGUUUGUGAUCCGAUUUCGCUGAGAGUUGUAUUAUUAAACUACUAUGCAAACUUCUUACAUUGAUAUGAUCGGGUUUAAGUCCAUUUCUGAGAUCAGCGGCUUUAUCAUAUUGCUUUGUUAUAUUUUAGUACCUUUCUGUCAUAUUCCAAACCAAAAACUCUAAAAUCUGUCAAUUACCGGCAUAUCUUUUGUUGUCAAUUGUUACUAAAAAGAAAUCUCGCACCGAGUAAAGAUUUUUGAGGUAUUUAAGUUUUUAAUUACUAAAUUGAUUUAUUAAAGAAGAAAUUUCGGAAGAUUAGAAAGGAGAAAAUGAGGUCAGCUAGUCAGUUAGUUUAUAGAGGAUUUAUUUUGUUUCUCAUUGGAACUCUUUUUACCUUUGUACUGAAUGUAUUACAAACCCAACGACAUUCAUCACCAUUUCAUCAUAAUGAGAGAAAUCAGUAUUCAUUUCUCACUAAGUGGUGGUUGCCCUUGAUUUGUGGAUUAGGAUCUGCACUUGUUGGUUUGAUCUACCCCUGUUUGAAAUAUAAAUGCCCAGAUCAAGAGAUGCGAUGUCAAGACUGGUCACAUGUUCUAAGAUGUGUUGCCAUGUUUGUUGGCAUUAAUGAAGCUUGUACUAAAGUAGAUUUUCCAAGUAAUUUACAACUUUGUCUAUCACUUGCUGUUAUAUCUAUUGGUAUGUGGUGGUAUUUUGAUCGAACUACCAUAGGUUUUGGAAUAGGUGUUAUUGCUGCUGUUCUGGCUACAUUAGCUACUCAAAUAUUAGUUUAUCAUAAAAUAUGCAUCUAUUCUGAAAGAGAAUUCUCAUAUGUAAAGUCUUGGCUUCCCUGUGUUGUGUUCUCUGGUGGUAUAACUGUGGCUAAUAUUGGAAAACAGCUAGCUGCUAAUGACUUUUCUGAUGGUGAUAAAUCCCAUGCAGAGUAAAGUGAUGUUGGAUAUUGACAUUCAAUAUAAGCACCUGUUAGAAUCACUGAAAGAAUUACAAGAAGUUAUUAAUGUUUACUUUGCAUAUUCCAUUGAAAGUUUCUUUUUUUUUGUACAUAUAUUUAUUAAUACUUUAUAUACUUUUAGGGAACUAUAAUGGAUAUUAUAAGUAAAUCUCUUAUUAUUCCAUCAAGACUGAUGUUAGUUAACAAGUUAUUAUUUUUGUUUUAAUAAUAUUAAAGGUAGUAAAAAAAUAAAAUAAAUCUCAUUGAAUUAGGUUUUUAAGUUUCUUUACUGUGUAUAUUCCAAAAUAUCAUGUAUUAGUUCAGUAUUAGAAAGUUUAUCAUAACAUUCAGGUCAUUAUAUCAGGAAAUGUUGACACAUUUUUAUAAGUUAUGCAUAUCUGUCCCAUCGAUUUUUAUUUUGCCUAUAACCUACGGCAGGCUUUCUAAAAGUCUUAAACACAUGGACAAAUUACAGUAUGAAAUUCUAUUACAUAUUCACCAUUUAUGUAUAUUUAUUUGUUUUAGAUCUGUGAUAAUAUCAUUUGUACAUAUGUAAAAAAAAGAAAAGAAAGGGUAUUUAAGGACUGUGGGUUAUCAUUUAAAAUACUGGUAGAAUUUAUUUUCUAAAUCCAUGUUUAAUGAAUUUACUUAUUUUAUAACUUGAGGGUUUCUUUUUUCUUCCUCCAAAACUAUUGUUAAUGUGUAGAACAUGUUCAUAUUAUAAAAGAAAACUGUGUAAAUAUUAAAAUCUAUUG